UCUUAUGAAAGGGAAAUUGUUUUUAAUAGAAAAAUAGAAAAUAGAAGAAAUAAACAAAAUCGGUGGGGAUCGGGCGAUCGAAAUGAGAUCUAACAUCGUUUCUCCGGGAUUCGAUUACCAGGCAUCUUCUUCUUCUCAUCAGGUUUCUUAACAUUCUUCUGGCCUGGAGGUGAGUCUGGUCCCGAUGAUUUGAGAUCUAGGUCAAAGUGGAACUCGGAUUUUUUGCUGAGAGAUGGCUUGGUUUAGCGGAAAGGUUUCACUGGGAGGGUUCCCAGAUCUGGCUGGGGCGGUAAAUAAGCUACAGGAGAGCGUGAAAAACAUUGAGAAGAAUUUUGACAGCGCGCUUGGUUUCGAAGAGAAGAAUGACAAAUCCGAAUCUAGCGGUGAAGCGUCAAGUUUGUGGCCAUCGACAGUUGAUACCAAAACACUGUUUGAUCCUGUCAUGGCCUUCAUGGGAAACAAGGCAGAGGAAAGUUCAGAUGAAGUGGCAAAGCAUUCUGAGAGUACAGAAUAUCCAUCUCUAACAGAGCAUGAAGAAGAAGGUGAGGUAGAUGGAUCAACUCGGCUGGUUGUUGAACAAGAAGUUUUUGAGGAAGCAAAGAAAGAGCCAAAUGUAGGAACAGAAGCUGGUAAAGAAGAACAUCCUGAAGUGGCAGAUAUUGAUGUUCCAGAUCCUAAAGACGAUAAAUCUCAAUCACAGAUGGGAAUGGAAGUGCCAUCAGAAUCUUUUGUCCAGCUUCCUGAACCAUCGGGUUCUGAGGUCCAUGAAAAGCUGGAAGUUACUGGUGCUCAAGAUUUAGAGCCAGAGAGACACAAUUCAGAAGAUGCCGGAGCAGAGGCCAGGGAGCCGAAGUCAGAAGGUGCUGGAACAGAGGAAGUUUCUGGAGAAAAUGAAGAUGCAGAUGAUUCCUUUGUACCGGAUGAACUGCAUGUGAUUGCCGGAGCAAAUGUGAUGUCAAAUGAGCAAGAAAGUCAGGAUGAAAAUACUGGCAAGAGAAUGUUACCUGUCGAUGUUGAAAUUCCUCCUGAUGUAUCUGCUGUAGAUGGGAUUAGGUCCUCUGAUACUUGUUCUUCUUCGACUAUUGAGUUUGAUGGUCCAAACAAGUCUUCUGCGUCAAAUCCAUCUCCUUUAGAUGAAGUUUCAGAGAGAUUUGUAGAAUUGGUUUCUAAUGAGCUGGAUUUACAACUGCAUGCUGCAGAAUUUAAUGAAUCCCAGCGUUUAAGCUCAGCUGCUAAUGCUUCGGACUCCGCUGAUGUCGUUCUUGAAUUAGAGAAGACAAAGAAGGAAAUGAAAAUGUUGGAGAAUGCCCUUCAAGGUGCUGCUAGGCAAGCUCAGGCAAAAGCUGAUGAGAUCGCUAAGUUGAUGAAUGAAAAUGAGCAGCUAAAAACUGUCAUCGAGGAUUUGAAGAGAAAAUCUAGUGAAAUUGAAAUCGAGUCAUUGCGAGAAGAAUACCAUCAGAGACUUGCAACUCUUGAAAGGAAGGUUUAUGCACUUACCAGAGAGAGAGAUACCCUUCGAAGAGAACAGAGCAAGAAAAGUGAUGCAGCUGCUCUUUUGAAGGAGAAAGAUGAAAUAAUAAAUCAAGUUAUGGCUGAAGGGGAGGAACUUUCAAAGAAGCAGGCUGCUCAAGAAGCUCAGAUUAGGAAGCUGAGGGCUCAGAUUAGAGAGCUAGAAGAAGAGAAGAAAGGACUGAUCACAAAGCUUCAGGCUGAAGAAAAUAAGGUUGAAAGUAUUAGGAAGGACAAAACAACCACAGAGAAACUGUUGCAAGACACCAUAGAAAACCAUCAAGCUGAACUUGCAGCUCAGAAAGAGUACUACUCGAGUGCAUUAUCCGCAGCAAAGGAAGCUCAAGAAUUAGCUGAGGAGCGUGCUAACAAUGAAGCUAGAACAGAAUUAGAGAAUCGCCUAAAGGAGGCAGGAGAGCGUGAAUCUAUGCUAGUCCAGGCCCUAGAAGAAUUGAGGCAAACCUUAAGUAAAAAGGAGCAGCAGGCAGUUUUUAGGGAGGACAUGUUCCGCGGGGAAAUGGAAGACCUCCAAAGACGUUAUCAGGCAAGUGAGCGACGGUGUGAGGAAUUGAUCACCCAGGUUCCUGAAUCUACAAGGCCCCUCUUACGGCAGAUUGAGGCUAUGCAGGAAACUACAGCGAGAAGAGCGGAAGCUUGGGCUGCUGUAGAGAGAUCUCUGAAUGCUCGGCUUCAGGAAGCAGAAACUAAAGCAGCAACUGCUGAAGAAAGAGAGCGCUCUGUGAAUGAACGCCUCUCUCAAACUUUAUCAAGGAUCAAUGUUCUUGAGGCCCAGAUUUCAUGUCUUAGAGCAGAACAGAGCCAGCUAAGCAAGUCACUUGAUAAGGAGAGGCAGAGAGCAGCAGAGAAUAGACAGGAGUAUUUGGCGGCUAAGGAAGAAGCUGAUACUCAAGAAGGUCGUGUAAAUCAACUUGAAGAGGAAAUCAGGGAAAUGCGUCGGAAACAUAAGCAAGAGCUGCAAGAAGCACUGCUCAACAAUGAACUUCUUCAAAAGGACUUGGAAAGGGAGAAAGUCACUCGUCUGGACCUGGAAAGGACAGCCCGUGUCAAUUCCACUGCAGCUGCUGAGCAACUUCCCAUAGGAAGGCAAAAUUCUGCUUUGGAGAAUGGAGGCUUGAACAGAAAGCUCUCAAGUGCAAGCAGUCUCGGCAGCAUGGAGGAAAGCUAUUUCCUACAAGCUUCACUUGACUCGUCUGAUAAAUUCUCUGAGAAGAGAAGCAUUUCCGAGGCAUCCAUGAGUCCGUACUACGUGAAGAGCAUGACACCCAGUGCUUAUGAAGCCACACUUCGACAGAAAGAGGGUGAACUUGCUUCAUACAUGUCUCGCUUGGCAUCGAUGGAGUCUAUCCGAGACUCUCUGGCUGAAGAAUUGGUCAAAAUGACAGCAGAGUGUGAGAAAUUACGGGCCGAGGCUGCAACACUUCCUAGUAUAAGGGCGGAGCUGGAAGCGUUAAGGCGGAGACAUUCUGCUGCGCUGGAGUUGAUGGGUGAACGGGAUGAGGAGCUGGAGGAACUGCGAGCAGAUAUCGCUGACUUGAAGGAAAUGUAUAGGGAACAAGUGAAUCUGUUGGUGAACAAGAUCCAAAUACUGAGUCAAUCAAUGGGAGGAAACUCGUCUUAACAUUAACACUCCUGCCAACCAAUAUGUAAGGGAAUAAAGAGUGCCGUGUACGUACAUACAUCUACAUCUUGGUAGGAGAAAACAGUAGAACCAUUUCACUUGUCAGGGAUAACGUCAGGUCCGAUAGAGAUGCGUUUAUCUUGUUUUCUUGGUUUGAACUUUGAAAGCUGUUGCGGAGGUAUUAGCAAUGGAAUUCCGUUCUUGGGAAGGCGUUGAUGAUGAAUUUAAAACGGUAUUUUAUUUCACAUGGUGUAUGGGGCCGUGGCGGAAAGGAUGGAUCGCGCGGGCCCGUGGGGGAUUCCAAGGAAUUUAUAUUUUAUGUAUCGUUUUUACCACGAAAUCCAAC